AUGGUGGCAAACAGUACGUCAAGUAAUUCAGAAAGAGGGAAGGACUCGGGACGUCCUGUUGAAAAUGGAAAGGCUGAUCAACCCGAAUCAGCACUUCGUAAACAACCGCUCCCAACUGUUGAAUUGCCUGAGGUCAAAAAAACGGAACAACGAGGCAAAACACGGACUUCGCGGCUUAUUGACGUUGCAAUCAUUCACAAGCACCUUGGAAUACAGGUUGAUUGCAAGAAGAAGAAUGACCAACGUGUUGAUGCAACUGGCAACACGAGGAUGGCUGAAAAACGCCUGCCGCUACCAAGUAAAAAAAAUCCGAUUGAGGCACGCAACGGUGUCUCCGAAAUAGUUUCCAACGAACCUAAUAAUAGUGAUCACGACAAAAGAGUUCCUAAUGGAGAAGGUGAAUUGCAGAGGAAAAGUGGGAACUUAAAUAAAUCACUGGAACAUGAAAGUGGGCAGAAAAUUCGGGAUGAGAAGCAUUCUGGUCACAAACCUGAAGCACAACCCUCGCCGGAUUCAAAUAUUGUUAUUAUGAGUUCUGGCAGGUUUAUUGUCAUCUCUUCCGAGCCUAAGGUGGCCGUCUUUCCUCCUGGAAGUCAAAUUCAUCUUGGCGAUCUAAGGCAUCACUCUUUCUAUACCUCUGGUUAUAAUAUGUCAAAUGAUUCCAUAGUGAUACCACUUUAUUAUUCGGCACCCGUUUCCAAUCAAACCACAGCCGAAAACAAACUUGCUCCUGAAAACACAGGACUUGAAGGGCAGCUUCCAGGAGAUGGACCAGAAGGUGUAGUGAAUAGUGGGUUGGCUAAUGAAGAUCUAUCAACCCACACGUUCCCUCGUGGUUCGAUUUUCGCUGUGAGCCAUGAUCAGCCACUUAUCCUCCAAGAUAUUCAAGUAACAGCCAUAUUUUCUCCUAAUACCUGGAUCUAUAUAACUUGA